CAAACACUACAGACUAAAGAGUUUCGUAAAUCUUGAACUUCACUCUUGACAAUCCCAUUCCCAGUUUCACAACUCAAAAGUAAUCAUUCGCAGGAAGAGAUCGAAGAAAUGGCUGAACAGAAGGAAAUACAGAUCCCAAAGGUUAAACUAGGAACUCAAGGAUUUGAGGUUUCAAAAUUGGGGUUUGGAUGCAUGGGAUUGACGUUUGUCAAGUCUCCUGGUGCUGAAGAGGAUGGAAUCUCCAUUAUAAAGCAUGCCUUCAGUAAAGGAAUCACUUUCUUCGACACAUCUGAUAUAUACGGAACUGAUCAUGCCAAUGAAAUUCUUGUUGGCAAGGCCCUGAAGCAGUUGCCAAGGGAAGAGGUUCAACUAGCAACGAAGUUUGGUGUUGUAAGCUUAGGACCUCCUCGCUUGGUGGUGAAGGGAACUCCUGAGUAUGUCCGGUCAUGCUGCGAGGCUAGCUUGAAGCGUCUUGGCGUCGACUACAUUGACCUCUACUAUUAUCACCGCAUUGAUCAAACGGUGCCAAUAGAGGAUACUAUGGGAGAGCUGAAGAAACUUGUGGAAGAAGGAAAGAUCAAGUAUAUUGGGUUAUCUGAAGCCAGUCCAGACACAAUAAGGAGAGCACAUGCUGUGCAUCCCAUCACAGCUGUGCAAAUGGAGUGGUCUCUUUGGACUAGAGAUAUUGAAGAAGAGAUUAUUCCACUUUGCAGGGAGCGUGGCAUUGGAAUAGUUCCAUAUAGUCCUCUUGGUCGUGGUUUCUUCGCAGGCAAAGCAGUUGUCGAAAGUUUGGAUCCAAAUGUUCAUGGGGCCUCCCAUCCUCGGCUAACUGGAGAGAACUUGGAGAAGAACAGACACAUAUACCAGGCAAUAGAAAGCCUUGCUACAACUAAGCACCAUUGCUCUCCUGCUCAACUAGCACUGUCGUGGGUUCUCCACCAAGGUGAUGACGUUGUACCAAUCCCCGGGACAACAAAGAUUAAGAACCUGGAUACCAACAUUGGCUCCUUAAGUCUGAAUCUCAAGGAAGAUGACCUCAAAGAAAUCACUGAAGCUGUUCCACUAGAUGAAGUAGCUGGUGAUAAAACGUAUCCAAGCUCGAGUCAUGUGCAAUGGAAAUAUGCCAACACUCCUCAAAAGACUCUGAACUAGUUCAUCUCAAUCUUGAGUUCUUGACUAUAUCAUCAGUAAUAUGUGUUUUGAAGCAAACGAAACUUCUCUUUGAUAAGUAAGUUAAAUAUGGGAUAUCAUAUCCCAUUAAUUUGUACUUCUUCAAGUAGUACCAUAUGUGAGGAACUUAUUUUCUCUAUGCCACACUGUGUGACGUGCAAGUUUCAUUGUAAUGCUACUAGUUAUUAUGAAUAAAGUGUAAUCGUUUCCAAUAACAAAAUAAUAAAUACACAGUGAUAUUUGAACUGC